GGCAAAGGAGCCUUUCCGAGAAAUAUUGUUUAAAUAGAGGCCUUCCAGACCGGGGAAGAAGGCUGACGAAACAUUUUACUGUAAUGUUACGACUUAUUCUAAUAUAUUUUCUUUUAUCUAUUUUGCCGUAAUAUAACGAUUUAUAAAAACCUAAAAUACACAUUAGUUAAAUUAACUUAUAAUAAAUACUAAUAAUAAACUUUUUAAGUAAAAAUCCCGAACGUAAUGACGUACUCGGUUAGUGUGUCGCAGGAAGUGACGCCAUGGCCGUCAGUCUGUUGAUGUUUUUAGUGUCUGCAGGAAGAAGAAGAAGAAGAAAAACAACCAUAGACGGGGACCUCGCUUGUUUUUGUUCGUUUAACGGUGAAAACGUCGCGCCACUCCCGCCUCCUCUUCUUGCUGCGGCUCCGGCACCGUCUUAAAUCUGUGUGUGACGGUCGUGCACCGGGCCGGAGCCCCACACUGCGACAUUUUUUGUCCAGAAAGGGAGGAAUCGUCUCCCGCUGACCCCCUCCCUCUCUACCUCCCUCACGCUCCACCAUGACGAUCCUCCCGAAAAAGAAGCCCAGCUCCGGGGUCGGAGUGUCGGACCACGCCGAUGACAGCGACCGUCGGAGCGUUUCUGAUCCACACCAGCACCCGCACCCACACGCUGGGAGGACCGGAGCCCGGCCAAGGGCUUCGCCUCCGCCGUGGUCCUACCAGCCCGCUCCGCCCUCCGCCAGGGACGACAGGCGGAGCAUUGAGGCCAGCUCCCGGCCGCAGCAGGCCUCUCCACCGCCAGUCGGCUCCGUGUCCCCUGUGGGGUCCGGGGACGGGCGGGAUAACAGCGGCAACAUAGUGGCUGGGGUGGCUGGGGGCCGCGGGGAGCUGGUCGUAUCUGCCGGUGUGGUCGGAUGUGGCGGAGGUCUGAGCGGCUGCUGCUCUGGGCCAGGACUAAGUAAGAGGCGGCGGCAGGCGGGCACCUGUUCCGGGGCUGUCGUAGCGGCUCUGGCCGGCGGAGGUCAGCCCGGGGUUACCGGGCCUGGAGGAGUGGGCUCAAGCCAAGACACAGAGGAGGGAGCCGGCAACAACAGCGAGGACGAGUACGAGAACGCCGCCCGGCUGCAGUCUGUUGACCCGGCAACAGUGGAGCAGCAGGAGCACUGGUUUGAAAAAGCUCUGGGGGAAAAAAAAGGCUUUGUGAUCAAGAAAAUGAAGGAGGAUGGAGCGUGUCUGUUCAGAGCUGUGGGUAAGUGGCUGAAUUUGCACACUUCUACUACCACAAACAAAUGCACUAACUCACUCACUAAAAAACACUCACGCACAUUUAAUUGAAGGAAGAUAAUCUUUGGAAUUCAUUUUAUAGAUUCUCAGUGGGAAGGAUAACCAGACUUUGUCCUAAAUGGUGUACCGGAACCUGUAAAUGUGCUCGUUUUUAUCGCUUGACAUGUCACUAAGAGUACUUGUACAUAGGAAACAUUGCCAGGAUUUUGGAUUUAAAUAAAGUCUGAAAAAAGGUCAUCAGAGAGGUCAUACAAAUCUUGCCUUUAUUUUGAAAGCCAUAGCUACGGUAUGUGCAAAAGGAGGAGACAAACAGUAGUGCAUCAAGCGUUUUUUUUUGUUUUUUUUUUUCUCAGAAUAGCAAAGAUGUGGAAUGGCGUACCAGUAUAGCACACGUGCCAAACUCAGGCCCAGAGGCCAAAUUUGGGAGUAGGCCUGCCAGUAUAUAGCGACUAUAUACUGGCAGUUAUGUGCUAUGUCAUAGCACGUACAUUUUGUUUGUUGUUGGCCUGUGAAAGAAAGAUUUACAUUAAAAAGGAGCUCUACUCUACUACAGAUAAAGAGACAUAAUAAGAAACAAAAUACCACUGAUGUGUGUCUUAUUUUAAAUUUAUUAUAAUAUUAAGCCUUGGUUGUUCCGGAAAAAUUCUGCAUUACGUCAUCUACGUCAAUCUUUCAAUAAAUAUUACGUUUGGCCCGCGACAUUGUCCCAGUUUUUAAUUUUGGCCCACUGUGAAUUUGAAUUUGACACACCUCCUUUAUUGGCAUAGUACAUUCUGAAUUAUAGCAGUAAAAACUAUUCAUGCAAAAUGUAGACAGACGUGUGAAUCCUCUGGCCUAUCAUUAGCAUUUGCACGCUCAAUAAUUAACCAGACAAUCAACAUAAUCGGACCGAUGCGGAACAAUAUAUAAGACGACCGUAAAACAUCAUCGCUCACUUACUGGUUUAGGAAUGCACUGGGGCCGUCAAUCCUCCUCUCAAAUCAGGUUUGAAUUUACAAUGCUUUUUCUGUUAAAUACUCCAGUUACAUUCGAAUUUUUAAAUUGCUUUUUUUUACCUUUUAACUCAAUAUAAACGUCAUGAAGAUAAAUUGAAACAUUAUAAGGCUAGAUAAACGUAUGUUUUUUCUCUGCUCUAAUAAUAUUUCGAUAACAUAUAUAUUUAUGUUGGCAUCCCAGUGAGCAGCCGACAGGGCUUGAGAUGAGGUAGGAAGCAAAAAAAUGAACUUAUUCUCGCUUGCAUUAACUGGGGCUCUUCAGCCUCUGCUAACAGUUCUGUGUACACCUGGUGAUGCUUUGAAAGUUGCAUAGUGACGCCUUGUAAAACCUGCAAAGGACGGGUUCUUUUAAUGUUAUUUUCCUGUUUUUUUUUUUUUUUUGGGUUUUUUUUUUUGACGUAAAUCACACAACGCUGUUUAGAUUUUUUCGAGUUCAUACGUCAGUUUACACAUUUGAAUGUUCUCUUUUUUUUUUUUUUAAAUAAUAAUGUAAUAGUAGUGAAGUUCGUUCUGUCGCUCUGACCUAGAAUGCACUCCCUAAUAGUAAUAAUAAAUAAAUAAAUAAAUAAAAGAGACGGCAACUCACAGAUGUGAAGAACUCCAGGA